CGCGUCGUUCAGUCAGUCGAUUCGGUAAAAAUCUUCUACAUCAACAUGUCUGGACGUGGUAAAGGUGGAAAGGGCUUAGGCAAAGGAGGCGCCAAGCGUCACCGCAAAGUAUUGCGUGAUAACAUCCAGGGUAUCACUAAGCCUGCCAUCCGUCGUCUUGCUCGCAGAGGUGGUGUCAAACGUAUCUCUGGUCUGAUCUAUGAAGAAACCAGAGGUGUCCUAAAGGUUUUCCUUGAAAAUGUCAUCAGGGAUGCCGUCACCUACACUGAGCAUGCCAAGAGGAAGACUGUCACUGCUAUGGAUGUGGUCUACGCAUUGAAACGCCAAGGACGUACCCUGUACGGCUUUGGUGGUCUGGCCAUCAGAAACGACGAGGAGUUGAACAAACUUCUGUCUGGCGUCACCAUCGCUCAGGGUGGUGUCUUGCCCAACAUCCAAGCCGUACUUCUGCCCAAGAAGUCUCAAAAGACACCAGGAGACAUUCUUGAUCUCAAUCAAGUCGCUCGAAACUUCGCAAUGGCUAGAACCAAGCAAACCGCUCGUAAAUCCACUGGUGGUAAGGCACCACGUAAACAGCUGGCCACAAAGGCUGCAAGGAAAUCAGCACCAGCUACCGGAGGUGUUAAGAAGCCCCAUCGUUACAGGCCCGGCACUGUCGCCCUGAGAGAAAUCCGUCGUUACCAGAAGAGCACUGAGCUUCUGAUCCGCAAACUGCCAUUCCAACGUUUGGUCCGUGAGAUCGCUCAAGAUUUCAAGACUGACCUGCGCUUCCAGAGCUCUGCAGUUAUGGCUCUCCAAGAGGCUAGCGAGGCUUACCUUGUCGGUCUCUUUGAAGAUACCAACUUGUUCGAUUCGGUAAAAAUCUUCUACAUCAACAUGUCUGGACGUGGUAAAGGUGGAAAGGGCUUAGGCAAAGGAGGCGCCAAGCGUCACCGCAAAGUAUUGCGUGAUAACAUCCAGGGUAUCACUAAGCCUGCCAUCCGUCGUCUUGCUCGCAGAGGUGGUGUCAAACGUAUCUCUGGUCUGAUCUAUGAAGAAACCAGAGGUGUCCUAAAGGUUUUCCUUGAAAAUGUCAUCAGGGAUGCCGUCACCUACACUGAGCAUGCCAAGAGGAAGACUGUCACUGCUAUGGAUGUGGUCUACGCAUUGAAACGCCAAGGACGUACCCUGUACGGCUUUGGUGGUUAAACCAUCUCGAACGCUGCAUCUCACACCUCUCAAGAAAACACCGGCCCUUAUCAGGGCCAUCCCAAA